AUGACUGACCGAUCGUCCAUUGAUGUGGAGGUUGCUCCACGCACUCUGAUUGCGAAGAAAUCUAUGUGGCAGUCGAUCUUCGAGAACCCCAAAGUUCUCUUCAUCGCAUUCUUUGCUUCCUUCGGUGGUUUCGAAUAUGGCUACCAGCAGGGCGUCCUUGGCCAAUCGCUUGUCAUGACCCGAUUCACCGAAAACUUCCCAACCGUCGUCGCAUCAUCUACAGCAACAGGAUGGUUAACCUCAGUUCUCCAAUUGGGUGGUAUUGUCGGUUCCCUGGCUGCCGGUAUCCUUGGCGAGAUCUUCUCUCGCAAAUACACUAUGUUCUUCGCCUGCUGCUGGGUCAUCCUCGGAAGUUACCUCUACGUCGGAGCUACGGCUGGCAACCCAUCCCUCCUGUAUGCAGGACGUUUCUUUACCGGUCUUGGUGUCGGACUUUUUAGUGGCGUCGGCCCGCUCUACAAUGCGGAACUUGCUGCUCCUGAAAUGCGCGGCUUGCUGGUCUCUUUCUACCAGUUUGCCACUAUCCUGGGUAUCAUGAUUUCUUUCUGGGUCGGAUAUGGAAGUAACAAUAUCGGGGGCACUGGUUCGACACAGAGUGAUCUAGCCUGGCGUCUUCCCUCAAUUAUCCAGGGCAUUCCUGCCGUAUUCCUUGCUUGUGGAAUUUGGUUUAUGCCAUUCUCCCCUCGCUGGCUUGUCAAGAAGGGUCGCGAUGAGGAGGCACAAGCUACUCUGGCCUGGAUGAGAAAGUGUCCUGUUGAACAUGAGCUGGUUCAGGUUGAGUACCUUGAGAUUAAAGCUGAGGCGGUUUUCGAAGAACGUGCAUUCGCCAAGGCGUUCCCCAAAUUGGCAGAGCGUGAGCGCAAGAGUGUCUUCAUGAACCAGAUUGCCCAAUACGCCAACUGCUUCCGGUCUAUGGAUAACUUCAAGCGCGUGACUACGGCCUGGUUGAUCAUGUUUUUCCAGCAAUGGAGUGGUAUCGAUGCUAUUAUUUACUACGCGUCUAAUGUAUUCGUCAGCCUUGGCUUGACUGGCGGAACCAUUGCUCUUCUCGCAACCGGUGUUACCGGCGUUGUCUUCAUCAUCAGCACAAUCCCUGGAAUGCUGGUCAUUGACAAAAUUGGUCGCAAGCCCAUGCUUCUUGGUGGAUCCCUUGUGAUGUUCGUCAGUAUGGUGAUUGUCGGAGUCAUCGUGGCGAAAUUCCAGCACGACUGGCCAAACCAUGUGGCGGCUGGUUGGACCGCAGUCGCUCUCAUCUGGCUCUAUAUUGCUGGCUUCGGUGCCACCUGGGGGCCUGUCUCAUGGACCCUUGUUUCGGAAAUUUUCCCACUCUCCAUUCGUGCUAAGGGUGCCUCAAUCGGAGCCUCAAGCAAUUGGAUUAAUAACUUUGCGAUCGCAUUCUUUGUUCCCCCGAUGCUACAGGCUUGGGAGUGGGGCACAUAUAUUUUCUUCGCUGUGUUCCUGGCUGUUGGCAUUGUCUGGGUUUGGUUUUUCCUGCCCGAGACGAAGAAUGCAUCCCUUGAAGAGAUGGAUCGCGUUUUCGGCAGCAACACUGGCGAACGUGAUGCCGAGCUUAUGCGUGAGGCCCAGCGCGAUGUUGGCUUGACCGCGUUUAUUGAGCGCAUGGGUGCUGCUACAGGUCGGGACUUGGAGAAGAAGGAGGGUGCUCAAUACAUUGAGACCCUGUAA